CCUUCGCCAGUUAGUCAGUGUGAGAAUGUCGAACUGGUCGCUUUGUUGUCCGCUUUUCCUCGUCGUGUUCCUUGCGGUCCACUUGGCCUGUGGAUCCCUGGACUUGGAUCCCUCGCUGCUCGAGAACGUGGAUGUGGAUCAGCUGAAGUCGAACUAUCUGCCGCCUGGCCUGCAGAAUGCCAAUGUCUCGCUGGCCGAUUUCCAGAAGCUGCUGCAAACGAAGUGCGAGAAGGCGGCCAAUGACAAGUCGGUGAAUGCCACUGCCCUGGGUAAAUCCAUCGAAGAGGCGGCUUUAAAGCUGAUGGGAUGCCUCACGGGGCUGGCCAACAUGACGGAGAUUCAGGCCGAGAUCGCCGAGGCGAGUCCCAAGGGAGAUUUGGAUGUGGUCUUUGAGAAGUACUGCCUCCGGAUGCCGCAGGCCAAGGCAUGUUUGAAGGACUUCAACGACGCUUUGCUGCCCUGUUUGACCACCGAUGAGAAGAGCCACAAUGCGGUGUUGCAGCGCAUCGGGGACAAGUUGCUGGAGUUCAUUUGCUACAAGAACGGCGAUCAGAUUGCUCUGUUUAUCGCCGAGCAGGGUCCCGAGUGCCUGGAGCAGAGUCGCGAUGGCAUUGCCACCUGCCUGAACAACACCUUUUCGAGCUAUCUGCCCAAGGAGCUGGGAAAUCCCGCCGAUUGGUCGCUGCCCCAGCUGAUCCUCGGCCCCAAGGAGUGCGUCGAUCUGUAUGCCUUCGAAACGUGCACCGUUGAGCUGCUGGAGAAAUGCGAAACGAUCACGCCGAGCAACAUUGUGGAGAGUAUGUUCCGCUAUGUGCGAAAGGAGUCCUCCUGCCAGCCGCACAUCGAUCGGGCCAAGCAGCAGCACAAGCGAGCCCUGCCCCUUCCUUUGACUGGCGGAUCUGGAUCCGGAUCAACCUCAUCCCUGCAUCAUCUCACCUGGACAGCGGCUGGCCUGCUAAUGGCCACUUUGCUUACCCGACUGGGUUAGCUCCUGCUCUCUCUCGCUCUCCUUUUUUUUGAUAUUUUAUAAUUAUGUUUAAUAAACUUUGCAAAGUCGGAAGCGGAGUCUCUGUAACCCGUAGCCCGUCGUAAGCCGCUUAA